AUGUCUGUGUUAUGUUACAAUAAGGGAUGUGGACAGAGAUUCGAUCCAGAAAACAACCUUGAAGAUGGAUGCACCUAUCAUCCAGGAGUCCCAGUAUUCCAUGAUGCAUUAAAGGGGUGGUCCUGCUGCAAGAGAAGAACUACAGACUUCUCAGACUUCCUCAAUAUUGCUGGCUGCACAAAAGGACCCCAUAACAAAGAGAAGCCCCCGGAGCCGGUGAAGCCAGAUGUGAAGUCGUCUGGAGAGAAAAAAGAGAUGGAGGUUCUGAGGCCAAAGUUUAACGAGUACAUCAUCUCGGCCCCAAAGCCCAUAGACGCUAUAAACAGACCCAGCCCCGAUGAGCCGAUGGUAAGAUUGCAGCAUAAAGUCGCCUCGUCUCUAAAAACAGCUCUAGAAAAGUUGAAGCUGUCGGAGAACGCCGCGGAAAAGAAAGAGGAAGACGGCGACGAGAUCAAAAUCGGAACAUCCUGUAAAAACGGAGGAUGCACCAAAAGUUUUGAAGUUCCUGCAAGCGAUUCAGAAACUUGCAUGUACCACUCUGGGUGCCCAAUCUUCCAUGAAGGGAUGAAGUACUGGAGCUGCUGCAAGCGAAAAACAUCGGAUUUUAACACUUUCCUCUCCCAGGAGGGCUGUACCAAGGGGACACAUCUAUGGAGGAAAAAAGAUGCGGGUCUCAAAGUGGUCCCGUGUCGGUUUGACUGGCACCAAACCGGAGCUCAAGUCAUCAUCUCCAUCUACGCCAAGAACUGCAUUCCAGAGGAGAGCUAUGUGGAUGCUAACAGCACCACCCUCGACAUCAAUAUUAUAUUUGAAGGAGAGAAGGAAUUCCGGCAGAAAAUCAGCCUCUGGGGAGUGAUUGACGUCAGCAGGUGUCUGGUCAACAUGUUGGCAUCGAAGAUUGAAAUCGCCAUGAAAAAGUCGGAGCCGAUGUCGUGGGCUCGGCUGGACCUGCUGCCUCCUGCCGCUCCCAAAGACAGUCCGCAGCAGAAGCAGGCGGAAAGCGAUGAAGAGGACAGUAGUUGA